GGCCCAACAGAAAGAACCCGCCAAAAUAUCUCCGAGCGUAGAAGAAGACGCUCUCGUCCAAUCACACGCAGCGACUGGCGCAAACCGGAAGAGGUCCAAUUCUACAUUUCAUCAAGCUUAAACGUUUGGAAAACUGCUGAAAGGUUGCAGUAUGUCCUGUAACACAAGUGUUACUCGUGUUCAAGUGUCAUCUGUGGGCCAGGCACAGAGAACCACAGUCCACCUGAUGCCCUGUGAGAUUGAACACGAUGGGCCGGCCCAGGUGUCUCAAUACAUCACUGCCACCACUAAAGACCACAAACAUGAGAAGACCGUGUCAUUCAGAGGGCAUGGGUUGAAGGGGCAGGAGCUCAGCUGUCCACAGGGCUACACUGGAUUAGUGCUGAAAGAGAUUGACAAGCCUGGCUCAGACCAAGAAGACAGGACCGUGAGGUUAUCCUCUGUGUUUGACAAGCUGACCUACUGGAACCUGGAGACACCUCCGAACUCUGACGAUACAGUUGUGAUGGCAAUGGACUGGCCAGAGUUGGCUGAGGCAAUCCACGGGCCAGUAGAUGACUGAAGACAGAGGUGGCAGGCUGGCGUCACCUCAUCGUGUAAGAAAUUAAAUGUACAGUUUGCUGGUUACUGGCUGAGAAGAUUUAAGAAAUACUGAUCAGGUCAAGUGUUACUGUGGCAGAGCAGUCAAUCACAGAUGUAAUGUUUAUAUUUUUGUAUAUGUUCUUUUUGUAGUGAAAUAAUAAAAAAAGAAGAUAAAAUUGA